AUGGCAAUUGCAUGGGUGUCAGAUGCUAUACAUGAUAACUGGCAUUGGACAAACACCAUCACAUUCUUUGGCGUGGUCCUACAAACGGCGACGGGAUGCCGGGUGGGCGACAUGAUCAGAUCGGGAAGCUACACAGGAUCGGAAUUUGUAGCAUGGGGCGAUGUGGACCUCCGGUUACGUGGGCCGAUGCACACGCCAGUUACUGUGGAAGAUUUGGAGUGUGUCAUUAGGAUACGUUACGUCAAAGGGCCAAAGCAGGAUCCGCCCAACUUCCAGUUGAAGAGGAUCGGUGCACUGCGUGGGGAACCUGCUUUGUGUUGUCAAGCUCAUCCUUAUGGGUUUAACCUGCAGCGUCAAAAACGCCUUGCGGGUGCCGAGGACCGAUUCAAAGGCCUCGUCAAAAACUUUGAUCUUAUGCUUGCCGCGGCCAUGCAAGCCACAAGGGACAGCCAGGUGCGGACUCGCAGUGCUCCGACUGCUUGA